AUGGUGUCACUACAAAAUAACAGCAACAGCAGCAGCUCGAUCAGAAUAAGAAUAUCUACUAUGAUAUACCUACUAGUGGCGAACUUUCUCAAUGCCAUCAAUGCGUUUCUAUACUCGACAGCGUCGCUGCUUAUCCAGCUGUACUAUUUGCGACUCGCCAACUCCAUUACUCGAUGCCCUAGAGUCUUUAUAUUAGUCCCAAUGUCCAUUGCCUUUAUAAUAUCAUAUCCAACCAUUUAUACACUCUACACAACCCCUAAUCUAAUCUCACUAUCAUCGAUAGAGAAUUUCAAAAGUAUUAAAGUCAUCAAUGAGUUCAACAGCUCGACCCCUGCGACUUACUUGAACCUGUCAUCACUAUUAUCAUCAUCAUUAAACAAUAACACAUCCUCUUUGAUGAUAAAACAGAUAUGGUUGCUGUACAAUAUGGGGGACUCAAAUAUUGAAGUGUCGUCUUUUGAUGCGGGAGAAACCUACCAGUAUAAUGCUCUCGAUAAGCAAUUCCUAUUGCAAGCAUUAGAUUUCCAAAACCAAUUAUUAAAAAACAUUGAUUUAUAUAAUCCAGGAAGAAACAAUAAUAUUAACAAUAAUCACGAAAGAGUUUUUGAAAAUGAAGAUAUUUUGCACAGUUCACAUUCCACCAGCUUCUUGUACUCUCCAUUAAAUUUCUGGAAUAAUUGCCACGAGACUUUGCAAAAUGACCCGAAUCAUUUGAAAACAAUUCAAUUAACUCUACGAAAGAAAGCAGGUUCCUCAAACACAAUACCAACAAACCCAAUGGGGCUUCUAGGUGGAGUAGGUAAAGUCAAUGGGCUUGUUUAUUCUGCAGAAGCCUUAAGAAUCUCUCUCGUUUACACAAUAAACUCAAAUUCUAAACAUAAACAAAGUCCUGGUGAUAUUUGGGAUGACAAUUUGAAAAAAAUCCUACUGGAGAAGGAUUCAAAACUUUUGGUACUUAGUAGGGAUCCAGAAUAUAAAACUUACACGGAAUUUGUCUAUCAAAUAUCGAAAAUGUCAUUCAUCGACAAAUUGAUCCUCUUCAUAUCUAAUUUACUCAUCAUCAUUUAUUUCUCAAUAUCAAUGCUAAAUGUACAUGGAGUCAAAUCAAAAGUUGGGCUUUUAUUGGCGUUUGUGGUGGAAAUGAUUCUUUCAAGUUUAUCGUCGGUUACAAUAACCUUUUAUUUCUUCAAUGAUUUGGAUUUAUUGCAAAUACCGGUGCAAAUACUAUCGUUCAUCGUGGUGGUGGUUGGCAUUGAAAAUAUGUUCAGAUUAAUUUCCACAAUAUCAAACUUGAAGGACUCUAUUUUCGUUCCGACAAAAUUUUCUUCUUUGGUGUCAAAAAGCCAUAUCACAUCGUCAAUUAUAGUGGCGGUGGACUUGUUGAUUUUGAUAUUUAUCACUCCAUUUGUUUCUGAUUCUGCUAGACAAUUUUGCGUUUUUGCUUCUAUUGCCUUGAUAAUUGAUCAUCUUCUUCACCUAACAUUUUUCACUGCUGUUUUAAGCGUGGAUAUUAGAAGACUUGAAUUGGAAGAUUUGUUGGAAAAAUCAAGAGAUGAUGCAUUAUCAAUGCAGGGAAACAACGGUCUUGCAACUAGCAAAUUUCUAAUGAAAUCAAAAUUUAAAUUCACUUCUUUCCUAUCAUCAGCUUUCCCGUCAUCGUCGACCCAAAGAAGUGCCUCGGCUUCAGUAAGGCAUGUUCUUGCCCAAUUCUUAUUGAAGAUAAAAUUGCCAUUUUCAACGAGUAUCACUAGCUCAAUCAUUAUGGUGAUGUGUAUUGUUAUCAUCACAAUUAGAUGGAUAACUGAAGGCAUCACUUUUAAUCUAGUGCAUUUGAUAGGGCUCGGGAUUUCCAGUAACAACAACAAUAUUAUUGGUGCAAAUAACCUUUCUACCAGCGAUUCCAUCAUUUCGUUCCUCAAAGAUUUUCCUAUCACCACCUCGACAUCAUCCAUUGAAGAACAAAAUGUCGAUAUUUACAAACAACAAAUUGACAAACUUCAGAAAAGAUUGAACAGCGAUCCUAAAUUCCCUCGCAGUUUAUUUAUGAAUGAAAAAGUAUUGGGAAUGUCCAUUAGCAAUUUGCUCGGCAGUUAUGAAGAUACCAUUUUCCAGCGAUUUUUGAAAGGAUCUUUGGAUAACAUGGAACUCAAGAUUUUUGUCGAAGAACCAUCUUAUGCCGGGCAAAAGAGUAAGUUUGGAGAUUUACAAACCCUUUCCGACUUUUCAUUGAGUGAUUAUGUUGAUAAUAUUCCUGCUGCUACUUACAAAUUCAAUAUUUAUUAUCUUUUGGAAUUUUUGGCGUCGUUGGCGUUCAUGUUGGCGGUUUCCGCCAUUAUAAUCAAGUACUGCUUGAGAGCAGACUCUCUUGCUAUUCUGUCUUAUGAUGAUGGCAUGGGGGAAUUGCAACGGUUAAAUGAAUCUUCUGAAGAAGAAACCAAAUUCCAAUCAAAAGAAUUGUUCGGUGGCCAUGCAUUGGAUAUUGUCAAAAUUAGUAGUAAUAAAGCCAGUCCAUUUGUGGUAUCGAUCGGGAUGGAUCAUCGAGUCCUUGUUUGGUCUCCUGCCGUUAAUCCAAUUCCUCAACCAACGAAUCUUCCAGUGCUGAGACAAAUCUGGCCAAUCACACAUGCCACAUUAUCAAUGCACGGGAAUUUGAUUGCGAUUUUCUCUAGAAGGGGAUCAGUUAAAAUUUGGUCAAGAUUGACGAUGUCAUGGAUUUGUUCUGUGGAUCUUCCAGAUUUGAAGAAUCGGGUGCCAUUGGAAUCUUUUUUCAGAAAAAAGACAGUGUUGGGAACUAUGAUGAGACGGAAACAACAACAGCAACAGCAACAACAACAACAAUCACAAAAACUUCACUCACAAUCUCAACAUCCGGUGCAUAAGUCUCCAGAAAAAUCACAAAAGGAGGCGGUAAUUCAAAACCUUGGGGUGCAAAUUCCGCCAAUCCAACAACAACAACAACUACAAUUAUCACAGCCACUGACCCCGGUUAAACAUUCAGUAUCAAGAAAAAGUUCGAUCUCAUCAUUAAGAUCCAAUACCAAUAAAUUGCAAGCCACCAAUAACAAUUCAUACCAGUCACCACCGGUCAAUGUCCGAGAAACACAUACCGAAUCCGACUUUGAAUUGACAAUUGUUUUGAAAAAUGGGAAGAUGUUCACCAUUAAUUGUGCCGAUGGGACGUUUUUGGAAACCGUGGUUGUCAAAGAAGAACUUGUUACCGCCAAACUUGUGGUGUCCCCUAGAGUCAAUGAUCGGUUAGUAUUUGGUAGCAAAAGUGGUAAAAUUGUUGUGGCGACUGUGGUGAACAAUAAAUGGAGGAUCAGAACCUUGUUUAUCCAAGAAGAGCGUUACAAUAGAGGUAAAGGAUUGAUGACUCCUUUAGCGAUGCAAAGAACCACUAUGAGGAUGAUGAGCGGCCAUCGCGGUGGUCAACUUUCUCGUCAAUCAUCAAUGGGAUCCAUGACCAAUGUGGUGGUUCCUCCUCAGGUACCUCCAGAAGAUUUUGAAGAGUCAAGUAUUGUUACCGUGGCGUUUGUCGGGAUGAUUGUAAGAACUCAUGGGUUGACUGCCGAGUUGAUUGAUGUACAAACUGGAACGUUAGUGAAAAGAUUCCACGUUGGGCAAUUCAAAAAAGACUCAUUCCACGUAUUCCACGAACAACCUACCCAUUGUCGUUUUUGUGGAUGUGCUUCUGUGUCGUCAUUAUCGAUUGUCUACACCGAAUUGGACACCAAUGUGUUGAUAAUGCACACAUUUAGCAAUGCUAACCGUGCCAAGAACAGUAUUUGUCUUCGUGUGGAGCGUGACCCGAGAGAAACUAGAUGUCUUGGAUUUGACUCUGUGGUGGAACAUCAACACUGGUUGGAGAAUGUCGAAUGCUGGGAACUCACUGAAUUGAAUAUGGUUCAAGGAAUUAGGAAAAAAUCCGAUUGCGAAGUGUUGAAUGGGAAAUUCGAUGAAGGAGAUUUCAGCCGGUACAAUUUGACGAACAUGCGGUCAGGCAAACGUUUCACUUCACCAAAAAGAAAACCAUGCAAUGUUGCUCCGACGCAUAUUGCCGAUAUGUGGGAAGGGUUUACCAUGAAUGCCAAUGGGAAAGUAUCGUACUAUGAUAUUCCUAAUGGUGAAAAUGAGGGAUUGUUGGUGAAGAAGAUCAGUUCGAUUGCGAGAUUUGGUCAUAAAUCGAUUGUUGUGCCAUUCGGCAAUAUCAUGAAGGUGUUGUACAUGGGGAACGACGAGUUGAUUUUACAGAAUCUUGAUGAAGAUGGGAAUUCGAACCAAAAGAUCUCCGGGUUGAGUUUUGUCAAUAAGCGCCGGUUGAGAAAGACCGAGUUGAUGAGCUCGACGAAUUUUGGAGAAUUACCAAGAAUGUUGCAGACCCAGAGGGUGGUGAACGAUCCAACGAACAUUGUGGAGUUUUGA